GUCAAAGUCAUUGACGCAACCACUAGCCACGCCAGCGCACAAGGAGUUCAGCUGAGCAGAGCCGAGGCCCUGACGAUGAGCGGGAGCGCCGAGGCGACGCAGCUCCCCCGAAUCGACUUCUCCGGCGUGGACCCGUCGGCGCCGGGCUCCGGGAUCUGGCCGGCGGUGCGCGCCCAGGUGGUGGACGCGCUCGCUACUAUCGGCUGCUUCGACGCGCGCUACCCGGCCCUAGCGCCGGAGCUCCGCGCCGCGCUCUUCGACGGCGCCGUCAAACCGCUCUUCGCCCUGCCCGUCGACGCCAAGCCGUGCAACAACUACGGACCGGAGAAGCCGUUCCCAGGCUACCUCGGUGAGUCCCAGGGUCUCGACGGCCAGGAGAGUCUCGCCAUGGUGGACGCUCCCAAGCCCGAGGCCGUCCGCGCCUUCGCGGACCUCAUGUGGCCCGACGGCGGCGGCAACCCCAGUUUCUGGUUACAGCUUCUCGGCUCUGCCGCGCGCGUGGCAGCGAGGCCGUCCAUGGCGCGGCGAAGCGGAUGGCCGAGCUGGAGGAGGCGGUGCGGAGGAUGGUGCUGGAGGGGCUCGGGGUGGCCGAGCAACACGAGCCGCCGCGAAGAAAAGCCGGCUGAAAAGCUGAAAUGACUGAUUUGUUGUGAGAGGAAAAUACUGUUGGGUGGCUGAUAAGCUAACUGAAUAAGCUGAAGCGAACAGGCCGAAGCUCAAGGCCUACUGUGGAUUAUAGGCAACAAAAUGCAUCUGCAGUUCAGCCCUGUACUGUACACCAAUAGCCUCUGUUCUUGUACCACCCCUGCACACUAGAAUGUUUACAACACACCAUAGAAGACACAGGACACAGUUGCAUUUCUUGCAUCCUGAAACAUGAACAAUCUGGCAUUCUAGCGAAGAUGAGAUAAGGUGUGUAAAUUGUGUUGCAUCUUUGCCAUCCAAACAAGCAGUUUACCACCUUUGAACUGACUUUCAGUGUAUGCAAAGUGUAAUCGCUAAUUACUACUGACUA